GGAUUUGUCAAUAAGAUUUAUAAAAAAAAAGAAAAACAGCGCGAUUUCAAUUAAAGCACACGUUUCACGACGCCAAGAGUACUUUAAAACAAGUGGAAGACUCUUACAUAAUAGACUAUUGAUUUAAAUACGAGACGAAGAGCCAUAUGUUCAGUUUCAGAAUGGCUGUCUUACUAAGAAUUUGUGCGUUAGUUUUCAUCUCAAGAAUACUCCAGCCGGGUGAAUGCUCAGUCGCCGAGGCCUUCUUUCGCAAAAUGGAUGGCAAAUAUUUAGCGAAUCAUGUCAUCGAAACAAUUCACGCUGAAACUGAGUUAGAAUGCAGUAUGCAUUGCGCUGCUCAUGGAUCAUGUGUGUCGGUUAAUUUCAAAACCUCUGGAAUCGGUAAAGGUCGUUGUGAGCUCAACAACAGGACCCUCAAAGACAAAUCUGAAGAUGAUGAAAGUAUGAACGAACCUGACUUCAAACAUCUUUAUAUUAUCAAAAAGAUAGCUUCGAAACCAAUUACAACAAACACCCAACAUUCGUCACAAAAUCUCUCCACAGGAAUUCUGAAAAAUUUCAACAAAUCUUGCACGAGUUUGCGAACGAAGCAUCCUUCUGCUGACAGUGGAAUGUAUUCCAUAAAACCUCAAGGACUCAACCUCAUGGCUCAAGUAUUUUGUGACAUGACUUCUAAGAAUGGUGUUGGUGUGACAGAGAUUGGACAUGACAGUGAAUCAAAAAUACUUGUUGAUGGAUAUGAAGCUCCAGGUUCUUACAAAAGAAAGAUAAAAUACAAUAUUUUCAUGCAGCAGAUUAUCGCGGUUAUCGACCAGUCCAAGAAUUGUGAGCAGUUUAUAAAAUAUGAAUGUUUUCAUAGCAAAUUGUUAAAAAAGUCCAAUGGUUUGUGGGUAUCACGUCAAGGUUCAAAGAUGAAUUACUGGGGUGGAGCGGCAGUCGACAGUGGAAAAUGUUCAUGCGGAAUGACCAACAGCUGUGCAGGUGGAGGAAAAUGUAAUUGUGACAAGAAUGAUCAAGUAUGGCGUGAAGACAGUGGAUACCUGACAGACAAGAAUACGCUGCUUGUUACUGAACUGAGAUUUGGCGAUACAGGUAAACGUAACGGUGUAAAUGAGCGUGGUUAUCACACACUGGGUAAAUUGCGUUGCUGGGGAUAAGAGAUGUUACAUCAAACCUGAUAUGAUUCAAAAAAUCUUUUGACUUUAUAAGCCUAACUUUAUAAGAUACAAUAGAACAGUAACUCGAAGUAACAUAUUGUAGUUUUAUUCUAUCUACAUUUCAAC